GCAGGAGAGAAAAGUAAAAAAGUAAGACGAUAGUGGAAGUGAAAGGGAAAGAAGACGAGACCGUGCUACGAUGACGGAACAGAAUAGUUUACUUUAAUCAGAAAGUUUUGUUUUAUAUACCAAGUGAACCGUCAAUUUCAUUUUUAAACUAAUUUCCAGAAAUAUAAGUUAGUGAUAGGCCUAGAGCUAUUCUAAACGGUAGUCUGACAUUUUUAGACAAACUUUUGGGAUAGUAAUAAGUUGUUCUGAAGAAACAUCGAAACUGAACAAUCAUCAGUAACUUAGGCCUAGUCCUACGACUGCUCACUGCUCAGUAGCAAUAUUCACAAUGGAUUCCGUAGGGAUGAGCUGCAUCAAAUACCUCCUUUUCUUUUUUAAUCUUCUUUUCGCUAUAUCUGGCAUCAUCAUCUUCACUGUUGGAAUCAUAAUACAGAAAAUGUACUACAACUACUCCCAAUUCAUCGAUGACAAGUUUUUCUCAGCUCCAAUGGUUCUAAUAGUGGUGGGAGUGCUAGUCUUUGUGGUAGCUUUUUUUGGCUGUUGUGGAGCCAUACAGGAAAGCAACUUUAUGCUUAUCACGUUUGCCAUACUGCUGUUUGUUAUCUUCCUCACUGAGGUAGCAGGAGGUGUUGCUGGCUACGUCAUGCAGAAGGACAUUGAUUUGAUGUUACACCAGCGCAUGGGCAAGUCUAUGGAGGAGUAUGGCAAGAAUAUGGAGAUCACUAACUCUUGGAACGUUUUGCAGUAUGAUUUUAAAUGCUGUGGCACUCAAUCGGUGACUGACUGGGAGAAGGUGUACACCAACGGGACUGUGCCAUACUCUUGUUGUCCUGACAACCCUGUGGAUGAGUCUUGUACACCUGACAAGGCCAACAACAAGGGCUGUCUCCCUGUGCUCAAGCAACUCCUUGAGAAGAACACAGCUCUUGUCGGUGGAUUUGGACUUGGUGUCGCUUUUACUCAGCUGAUUGGUGUGGUGUUUGCCUGCUUCUUGGCUCGUUCCAUACGCAAGGAGUACGAGACUGUCUAAAACACCUGAGAAUACAAAAGAAGUACAGUACUGUAUUCUUAUCUUGCUAGUGUGUAUGGAUAUAUUCAUAAGAUUAAGAAACAUUACUUUCAUAUUCGUGUUUGACACUUGUACUUUUAUACGACUAGGAUCACUGUCGUAACAUGUAAAUCUCAAGUUUGUAUCUUUUAUAUUACUCUAGAUGUAACUGGUGUUGUGAUUGACAUAGCUAGUGAGGCAUCUCAAUUGUGUGCACCAUUUCAUCCAUUGACUGAAGCUAGUCAGGAUUCUGUUUGAUAUUAGACAGUUGAUUUUGCAUUUGAGAUUAGAUUAGAGAACUCAACACAAUGCCCAUGUUAUGUUCUAUGAAUAUUAGUUUUUGUAUAAUUUAACAUUUUUCACCUGUGUAAUGAUAAACAUUUGUUUAUGUCUACAGUGUUACCCAUACUCAAACUGAGUCACAGAGGCUAGUCAGAAAAUGGGUGUGAUUGUUUGCUAGGAAUGAAAAUUCAAUAUUUAUCGUUAAUAAUUUUAAUAUUUAACUUGAAGUAAUUUCAAAUUUAGUGGGACUCUAUAAGAGUACUCAUUGUGAAAUACACUUUUUUGUGUAUAUUUUUUUAUCAUUAAUACAUAGCAGCAGUAUUUAGAAUAAACAACAGUAUUUACAUGUCUGAUACAUUCCAGAGAUAUAUAUAUUGAACUGUCCAGAAUCAAAUAGGCUACAAAUUUGAUGGAAAAAUUGAGGGAUCACAAGUAUUCAAGUAUUUGAAGACUAAUCAAUUACUGUAUAUCAAUAAGACUCAAUAAGCUUCAUCAUAUUGUUUCAACAUUAUUUUAGUAGGCUAUUUGUUGCAUUUACCCAAGUAACUAAAUGUUUGUUUAGGUUUUGUAACUACUGACUGUGUUUGUCCAUGUUAAUAAUUUGUAAUUAAUCAAUAUUACUUUUUGCAAUUUUACUACUUUUGUACUUUGGUAUUCAAUUGAAUUGCCUAGUUAGUUAGUUAUAGGGUGUCUUUAUUACCAUAAAAACACCUCAGUUCAGGAUUUUCAAUGGCACUUUGGGAUGUUCCAAAAUGACUAUUGUAGAAAAAAAUCUUUAUUGAUUCCAAGUUUUAGAAUAUAAUGAAACUCUAUUUAAUUUUCUUUACUGAUGUUAUAAUUUCAAUUUAUGAAAUUUAAGUUGAAAACUCUUGAGAUAUUUAAGAUGAGUAAGAAGACACCCAGUUAUAGAAGAAAUAAUGUUUUUGAUAGAUUAUUUUAGUAUAAGCAACAUUUCAGUGAUCUAACCAAGUGUUUCUACUAAUAUUACCCUUUAGGCUGUGUUGGGUUUUGUUAUAAUUUAGAAUAUGAUUGUCAUUCAAGCUUUGUCUGGUUGUUUCCUAUUUGAAAUUUUAUUACGUCCAUUUAUGCAGUAUAUAUUAAUGUUUUUCUGUACUGAGUUUGUGACAAGACACAUAUUCUGAAUAAAGUGUUUUUAGGUA